AUGUAAAUUACAUAAAAUUCGCACUCACCACCACCUGCAAAAAAACAACAUCUCAAAUUGCAUGUCAAACCAAUUUAAUUGCCAGAUGUAAAUGUGUUGAAUAAGACCGUGGGCAAUUCAGAUCCGGAGAUUAGUAGUAAGAUUAUUAAGACAGAAAGAAUUACAGCAAUUAAGCAAAGCAAAAAGUUUCACAUUAAAUAAGUCUAAAACAACACUCAUAAUCGAUUGUAAACAAAUCAUCCAAGACUUUUGUUAUAAGAAAAUGACGGUUUAUCUCUAAUAUUGUAGAAAUAAUCCUUGACUACGACAUCAGAGAAAAUCAUCACAAGUAUCAUCUAUAUAUAGAUAAUAGAAUAAUUGGUCGCUGAAUUGAAAAACAAAAUAGAUUAAUAGGACUCUAUUAUUAGAUUAUAGGAGUUCAAAAUUAAUAGAUUAUAAUAGGAACUGUUAUCAUAAAAAUACUAUUGCUCAAAUUUAUUAGCUAAAAUAUUUUAAAAUGAUCCUAAAAAUUAAUACAUAAGUACACUGAAAGUGCCAAAACUAGGAUUUUAAAUUUAAGAGAACACCUAAUUAAGUUCCUUAUAGCCAUCUUUGAUAAAGCCAUCAAAUAAUCUUGAUUAAACAAGAAUUAAAAAUCUGCAAAAUCAAAUUACAUCACUUAAACUGUAAUAGUAAGAAUUCAAAAAUUUUAUCAAAGAUGCUUUUUUUUCAUUUAAAAAGAUUAUUUAAUCCUUUGAAACUUAAUCAAGAGAAAAGAUUUAAGGAGUUUAAACUGAGCAUAAAUUACUUUUAAGCUCUCUUGAAGAAAUUAUCAAAACGAAUAACAUGUAAUUACUUGUUUUCUAAUUUAGAAAUAAAACAGAAGAACUAAGCAAAAUCAAUCAAAAGGCUGAAAUUAUUUGUUAAGAGUAUAUUCUUUCUGAAGCAUAAAAGGAGGUCUACUAUUAAAAAUGUCUUUCAUUAUUAAGUUGA